UAAAGAUCUUUUUUCCCGUUGAAGUGCUAAUGAAAAGAGCUUCAUCAGAAGCUUUCGCGUAAUAGUAAUGGCUUCCACAGGCACUAAAGCCAUAAUUUCUCUUCUAACAAGACGACCAUGUCAAGCUCUAUCUCCUCCACUUUUCAAACCCAACUUAUAUUUCAAUGCAACUCCCUCGUCUUUUGCAAUCUCAAGAAACUCAGGGAUAUGUCACUUGGCACAAGCUAUGAAGGGUGAUCUUAAUGAUUUAGUCAAGAAUGUAGGAGACAAAAAUGUUGUUGAAGAAGUGAAGCAUAUUCUUGACAUGGCUAGAAGAGCGUCAUCAAGAAGAGAAGCUCUUCAUACAGAUUUCCUCACUCCCCCAAUAGUGAAGGAGUCGAUGCUUUUAUUGGAAAAACUAGCAGAUGCUAAAGCAGUUGCUCAGGGUGGAUACCCACAGGCUGAGCGUUGUCGGCUUUCUGUUGGACAUCCAGAAGCACUAGUGAAUGAUCCAGAUAUAAUUGCAGCAUUAAGUAUCACAGGUAACUUUGCGUUUCAACCUUGUUCUCAUGGUGACUUCCUUGGUUCAAUUCUAGGUACAGGGAUCUCAAGGGAAAAGGUCGGGGAUAUACUCUUGCAGGGAGAUAAAGGGGCACAAAUGCUGAUCAUCCCAGAGCUUGUCGACUUUAUCAUAUCCUCAAUGGACAAGGUUGGUAAUGUUUCAGUUACUUGUUCAAGGAUACCUUUGCUGGCACUUGAAUAUGAACCACCAAGGACUAAGACAUUUAAAACAGUGGAAGCAUCACUCAGGGUGGACGCUAUAGCUAGUGCAGGAUUCAAGCUUUCGCGUACAAAACUUGCCGAUUUGAUAAGUAGCAGGGAUGUGCGGGUGAAUUGGACUACCAUCACAAAGAAUAAUACUACACUCAAAACUGGAGAUGUUGUCUCAGUUAGUGGGCAAGGAAGACUCAAGAUAGGAGACAUAAAUUCUACCAAGAAAGGGAAAUUUGCAAUUGAGCUCAUUCGGUAUCUAUAAGGACCCGUAGACUUGUUUGUGUGUGAACAAGUUUCCGGCUUGCAGUGGCGGAGAAGAUUACGCCACGGGAUGUGGUAGGAAUAUUGAUUGAAUUGAUUAUUGAUUAGUUCAGUUUACAGAUUACAUUAUGACGACUUUGAGAAUGUAAAUUUUGUUUCAUUUGAUGUAUAAUAUACACUGAUAAUUUAAUAAA